GGAUAGUGCUUAUAGAAUAUUAUGAGACGAUAUAACCUGUUCAAAUAUAAAAGACAUACAUCCACAAAGUCAAGUGUCAAGGCUUUUGCAAUUUGAAAGGUUGAUACAAAAAACAAAACAUAGUUUCAAUCUUAUUCAUAUUUUUAGAUCCUUCAACUCGAUCCUGUGGCAAUGGUAGAUGCGAUCACAGAGUUUGUUGUGGGAAAGAUCGACAACUAUCUCAUCGAAGAAGCGCCAAUGUUGAUAGGAGUCAAAGACGAUCUAGAGGAGCUGAAGACAGAGUUGACGUGCAUCCAAGUUUAUCUCAAAAAUGUUGAAGUUUGUGACAAAGAAGAUGAGGUCUCAAAAGAGUGGACAAAACUGGUUUUAGACAUUGCUUAUGACGUCGAAGAUGUUUUGGACACCUAUUUUCUGAAACUAGAAAAAAGACUACACAGACUAGGCUUGAUGAGAUUGACCAACAUAAUAAGCGAUAAGAAGGAUGCGUACAACAUACUUGAUGAUAUCAAAACCCUCAAAAGAAGAACUUUGGAUGUUACUCGCAAACUUGAGAUGUAUGGGAUAGGAAACUUUAAUGAGCAUCGAGUAGUAGCGAGUACUUCAAGGGUGAGGGAAGUUCGGCGUGCUCGAUCUGAUGAUCAGGAAGAGCGUGUAGUUGGUUUGACAGAUGAUGCUAAGGUUCUUUUGACAAAGCUUCUUGAUGAUGAUGGGGAUAACAAGAUAUAUAUGAUCUCCAUAUUCGGCAUGGAAGGUCUCGGGAAGACUUCUCUUGCAAGAAAGCUUUUUAACUCUAGCGAUGUGAAGGAAAGCUUUGAAUAUCGAGUAUGGACUAAUGUUUCUGGAGAAUGUAAUACAAGAGAUAUACUUAUGAGAAUCAUAAGCUCUUUGGAAGAAACAUCUGAGGGAGAGCUUGAAAAGAUGGCUCAGCAGGAGUUAGAAGUUUACCUUCAUGAUAUUCUACAAGAGAAAAGAUAUCUUGUGGUGGUAGAUGAUAUAUGGGAGAGUGAAGCAUUGGAGAGCUUGAAGCGAGCGUUACCUUGCAGCUAUCAAGGAAGUAGAGUCAUCAUCACUACAAGUAUUAGAGUCGUGGCUGAAGGCAGGGACAAGAGAGUCUACACCCAUAACAUAAGGUUCUUAACGUUUAAAGAAAGCUGGAACUUGUUUGAGAAGAAAGCAUUUAGAUAUAUCUUAAAGGUCGAUCAAGAACUGCAGAAAAUCGGAAAAGAAAUGGUUCAAAAAUGUGGUGGAUUACCGCGUACUACAGUGGUUCUUGCCGGGCUUAUGUCCAGGAAGAAGCCAAACGAGUGGAACGAUGUGUGGUCCAGUUUGCGUGUAAAGGAUGACAACAUUCAUGUCUCCAGUUUGUUUGACCUAAGCUUCAAGGAUAUGGGACAUGAGUUAAAGCUCUGCUUUCUUUACCUUAGCGUCUUCCCCGAGGACUAUGAGGUCGACGUAGAGAAAUUGAUACAGUUACUUGUAGCAGAAGGGUUUAUACAAGAGGAUGAAGAGAUGACGAUGGAAGAUGUGGCUAGAUAUUAUAUUGAAGAUCUGGUGUACAUAAGCUUAGUGGAAGUCGUGAAAAGAAAGAAAGGGAAACUGAUGUCUUUUAGAAUCCAUGAUCUUGUAAGAGAAUUUACUAUCAAGAAAUCCAAAGAGCUCAACUUUGUAAAUGUUUACGACGAGCAGCAUUCUUCUACUACUAGCAGAAGGGAAGUGGUUCACCAUCUUAUGGACGACAACUACUUGUGCGACAGACGUGUGAACACACAAAUGCGAUCUUUCUUGUUCUUCGGUAAACGGAGGAACGACAUUACAUAUGUUGAAACCAUUACUUUGAAACUGAAGUUACUUCGAGUGCUUAAUCUUGGAGGACUUCAUUUUAUUUGUCAAGGAUAUAGCCCUUGGAGUUUACCAGAUGUGAUCGGAGGUUUAGUCCACUUGAGGUACCUUGGGAUCGCCGAUACCGUUGUGAACAACUUACCAGAUUUCAUCUCCAACUUACGGUUUCUACAGACACUAGAUGCAUCAGGCAACUCCUUCGAGCGAAUGACUGAUCUAAGUAACCUCACAUCACUAAGGCAUCUCACUGGAAGAUUCAUCGGAGAAUUGCUUAUAGGCGACGCAGUGAAUCUUCAGACCUUGAGGUCUAUCUCCUCCUAUAGCUGGAGCAAACUAAAACAUGAGUUACUCAUAAAUCUUCGGGACUUGGAGAUCUACGAGUUCCACAUAUUGAACGACCAAAUAAAAGUUCCUUUGGACUUAGUUUCCUUAUCGAAACUCAAAAAUCUUCGUGUCUUGAAGAUUGAAGUAGUGUCCUUCAGCUUAUUUUCCGAAGAAACAGUUCGUUUCGAACUCCUUGUCAAGCUAACACUGCAUUGCGACGUAAGAAGACUUCCCAGAGACAUGGAUUUGAUCUUUCCCAGUCUUGAGUCCCUGACACUUGUAACAAAUCUCCAAGAAGACCCAAUGCCUACUCUGCAAAAACUACAACGUUUAGAAAAUCUAGUCUUGUAUUCUUGUGUCUACCCGGGAGCGAAAAUGUUCAUCAACGCACAAGGUUUUGGUCGGCUGAGGAAACUUAAAGUGAUCAUAAAAAGAUUAGAUGAGUUGGAGAUUGAAGAAGAAGCCAUGCCAUGUUUGAUGAAGCUAAAUCUUGACAAUAAAGAUGGAGCUACAAAGCUAAUGAUUCCCGAUCGAAUGCGAGCGUUUGUUUGAGGGUACUACGGUAUCUGGAAAACAAUUGUGGAGCAACGAAGUUGAUGAUUCUAGAUUGAUUUCGAGUGUGUUUUUUCGACGUAUAAACUUGUUUAAUUAGCAAAAACAGUGUGAUUAAAAAACAAAAAGAAAAACAAAAAAAACAGCGUGAUUUUAAAGAAAGUUUAUUCGGCCAUAGACUUGGGAACAAUAUAAUUGGAUGUCAUUUUGUUAUAUGGCUAUAUAUGUGGUUAUAACCAUCAACUAUAACAAGAGAUAUAAGAAAAGGGGUCUCCUUCUUCACAUGUACAACAAAUUAAUCUAAGC